ACAAGAGUACACAUAUCCUUCUUCAUCCACUAAUUCCAAGUUUUCGUUCAUGGCUUUUUCCCAAUUUUUUCUUGGAGUGGUGGUAGCUUCACUCCUAUGGUUUGUUCUAUUACUGUAUACUACAUUGAAGGCAAAGGCAAGAGCUCCCUCUUCCUCAGAAGCCACAGAUUGUAAUAAAAUCAUCAUCGUUGGAGCUGGUGUCGCUGGUGCUGCUCUUGCUUAUGCUCUUGGAAAGGAUGGACGACGAGUUCAUGUGAUUGAGAGAGAUUUGGACGAGCCCAAAAGAAUUGUGGGUGAAGUUCUACAGCCAGGGGGAUAUCUCAAGUUAAUUGAGUUGGGUCUUGAAGAUUGCGUAAAUAAGAUUGAUGCUCAGAAACUUUUUGGAUAUGUCUUCUACAAGGAUGGAAAAUGUACCAAGGUUUCUUAUCCGCUGGAAAAGUUUGAUUCUGAUGUAGCAGGGAGAGGCUUUCACAAUGGACGUUUCAUUCAAAGGAUGAGGGAGAAAGCUGCAUCUCUUCCUAAUGUAAAGCUUGAACAAGGAACAGUGAGAUCUCUACUUAAACAAAAGGGGAUUGUAAAGGGAGUGCAAUACAAAAAUAAGAGAGGUCAAGAGCGGACAGCUUAUGCUCCCUUAACUAUAGUAUGUGAUGGUGCUUUCUCAAAUCUGCGUCGUUCUCUAUGCAGACCUAAGAUUGAUAUCCCUUCUUAUGCUGUUGGUUUGGUUCUUGAGAACUGCGAGCUUCCAUUAGCGAACCAUGGGUUAUUUGUUAUGUCAGAUCCUUCACCUAUCGCAUUUUAUCCCAUUAGCAGCACUGAGAUUCGUUGCCUAGUUGACAUACCUGGCCAAAAAGUACCUUCUGUUUCCAAUGGUGAAAUGUCCCAGUACCUGAAGACUAUGGUGGCUCCCCAGAUCUCUACUGAGUUGCGUGCUGCUUUCAUCACUGCAAUUGAUAAAGGCAAUAUAAGAACCAUGCAAAAUAGAAGCAUUCCCACUGCACCCAACCCCACCCCCGGAGCAUUGUUGAUGGGUGAUGCACUCAAUAUGCGGCAUAAUUCAACUGCAGGAGGAAUGACUGUGGCGCUGUCUGACAGUGUUGUACUAAGGGAUCUUCUAAGACCUCUUGGAGAUCUGAAUAAUGCAUCUGCUCUUUGCAAAUAUCUUGAAUCUUUUUAUAUUCUGCGUAAGCCUUUGGCAUCUGUGGUGAAUGGAGGGGCAUCUAUCCUAUACACCGUGUAUACUGCACUACCUGAUCCUGUGGGGAAGGAAUUACGACAAAUAGUUUUCGACUAUUUAAACCGUGGAGGCAGGGUUAUAGAUGGACCAGUGGCUGCACUUGCCUGUCUGAAUCCCCACCCAUGGAUUUUGCUGCUUUAUUUCUUUCCUUUUGCAUUUUAUGUUUUUUUGCGAUUGUUGCUUCCAUUUCCUUCACCAAAACGUUUGUGGAAUGCAGCUAGAUUGGUUUUGGCUGCAAUAGUCAUCAUUUUCCCCAUUAUCAAGUCUGAAGGAGUAAGACAGACGUUAUUUCCUGUAACCAUCCCAGCAUAUUACCGGGCUUCCCGUCUUAUGAGGACUCAAAAUACAAUAAGAGACGUGUAAAAUGAGUGGCAAGAAAGUCAGACCGCCAUAUACUUGUACUUGCCAUUUCCCUGGAAAUUCUCUGUGCCGCUGUUGCCUAUGGUGUAACAUCCUUGCUCAUUGCUCUACGGAGUUGGAAGAUGAUUAGUGUGAAGCAUGCCAAGGCCAAGAUCAGGAGACACCAAAUGUUUGCUCAGAUAUGCAAUUUAUUUAGUGUUCAGUCAAAACUAUUUUAAUU